AUGCAGGCCAACAAUUAUAGAAAUAAAGAAAAUACUGAUGACGAAUGGAUAGAUAUGGAUUUGGUUAUGGAAGAGGUACGAAUCUUCAGAACGAAAAAUUUUUGGUGUCCAAAUCUGCGCUUCGAGUACUCUACUUGUACACAAAACCACAUGGAUAUUGGUGAGAUUAAAAAUGUUUCUAGUAUAACAGUGGUCGUGUUUGAUACGAGUGGUCUGCUUCGCGAUACGGCUUUACUACCUCUUUGCAUCGAGAAAUUGUACCAUGUACUCAUUCCAUAUACAGUUCUGAAAGAGCUGGAUGGGCUGAAGAGAACUGAUUACGAAAAAUUGCGAGUGAAAGUAAUUAAAAUACAUAGAAUGUUACAUGAGUAUUCAAAAAGUGGAUGUGGUUAUUUGCAUAUCGAAAAUGUGUUUGAGGCUUCCUUCGGUGUAAAAGAAUUUGGAUGUCAAAACAAUGAUGAUGUCAUUCUGAAAUGUGCAUUUGUUACUACCAUUAAAUACAAGAACGGGAAGGUAAUAUUUGUUACAAAUGAUAGAAAUCUUGCAAUGAAAGCGGUGGCACAUAAUAUUGUGGCAGUUGAUCGAGCCGAAUUAAUUAAAUUUGUGAUGGAUGAUAUACUGAACGACAGAAAAAUACUGUCGGCAGCAGAAAGCUCUGCACAACAAAAGCCACAUAAAGUCCCAUAUACCGCACCUGUCAAACAUUCCUAUCCAAAAAUAAGGGACAACGGACGCGUUGUGUCCAACGAGACUGCGCAUUGCUCAUCGCCAAGAUUUGAACCAAUGAUAUUCAUCCGUCCACCUCCUAUACGGCAUAUUUUUAUGCAGAAUAAUCAAUUUCCAGCCCCAUUCCCAAACAGAUUUCCCAUACCUUCAUGGAACGUACCUACACAUCACUUUCUACAAAUGUUUGCUCCAUAUUCAUUUGAGAUACUCCAUGACAUGCAAUGUCUGAGCAAAAAUGGCUUUAUUAAUGGUUCCAAUUUCGGAAAAUAA